UUUCUCCUCUGAGGCUGGAGAGGCGUCUGGCUUGCUGGGAAACCCACUGCAGCCGGGGCUGCUUCAGCCUGGAGAGCGCCAGGCAGGCAGGAGGGAGCCGGGGUCUCUGCCCAGGUGGGGCGACAGCUGAGCAGCCAGGAGCCCAGCGCAGGAGCUUUCCUGGACCAUGGCCCCGCAGUGGGGCAGCAGCUGAGGCUGGAGGUGAAAUGCCCAGAUCGCGCCGCGUGUGACCGAGCUAUGUAUCUGCAGACAUGGCCUUAGAGAUAUGUCCGGACUGCUGGGGAGCGGUGCAGUAAAGCAUUAAGGACUGUGACUCUAGAGACUUUGAAUAUUUUCCACUCUGAAAAAACGAGAGAGGAGACACGGCAGAAUGAAAACAGGAAACGCGUGGCAUCUGAGAAGCUUUCAUCUUAGCUGAAUUGACCUGGUCUCAUGCUCACCCCAAGGCAGCCCUUUAAAUACAAAGUCCACUGCAAGCAAAGUUCCAUGCGCCGAGAGAUGGACUGCAGUGCACACCUGUUGCUGAUCAUUUCGUUGUGCUGCGCUGGGGGCAUGAGCUCGGGGUUCAGCGAAACGGUCUACGGCAGCCUGGGGAGCCCAACGCUGUUGAGCAUAACGCCGGAGUUUCAGAAUUUGAGUGAGCAGUUUGGCCAGGCUGUCUGGAGACUCGGCGUGUCGGCUCAGCAGAGGAGGCCAGUUAUCAUCAGGUGUGAGAGAAACAGCUGUAAGAAUUACAUGAAGGAGCGGAUCAAGUUUCAUCCCCAGAACUUCUCCUUGGAAAUCCAGGAGACCAGGCGAACGGACGCUGAGCUCUAUGAAUACACGGUGAUCAAGGGCCCGGAGGAAGAGUCUUUGCAUCUCCGGCUGGAAGUGUAUGAGCGGGUCUCUGUCCCCCACAUCCAGGUGGUCAGCAGGACCCCGGGCAACGAGAGCUGCACCGUGACCCUGAGCUGCGGGGUGGAGCACGGGGACAACGUGACGUACACCUGGGACUGCAGCGAGGGAAAAGCCUCCCAGCAGUACCUGCACAACGGCAGCUUCAUGCACCUCUCCCUCAGCCCGCAGAAAAGCAGCUUCACCUGCACGUGCAACACCAGCAACCCCGUCAGCUGGCAGGAAACCCACUUCAGCUCCUCGGUGGAGUGCAGCGACGAGCCAGGCGGCUCGCUCGGGACGAUGCACGUGGUGAAAUACGUCGUGCCGGCCUGGUCGCGGGCUGGCUCUCACUCCGAGACAGGGAGGGCCGCUCCCCGCUGAAGGAGGACAAGGAAACCUGCACAAUUUACUCUCAAGUCCAGAGGGUGGAGAAGCAGAGAAUCAGUCGUCCCUCUCCCCCCGUGGAGAGCUCGGAGUGCAGCACCAUCUACGUGGCAGCCACCAGCCUGCCCCCAGACACCACCCAG